UCGUCGCUUCGUCUUAGAUAUCAAAGUAUAUGAAAGUUGUGUGUUUAAGUGGUUUCCCUGUUUAUAACGUACGCUGAUACAGCUAAACCUAAAUUUCAUACUGAUCAAAGUUUUGUGUACGUUUGUGCAGCAGUAAUUGCGACCGUACGGCAUACAGCGGGUUAGGGAAUUUUCUGCGCUAACAGGCUGGAUUCGAAGCUAAGUGGCUAGCUAGCAAGAAUCAUAAGGGCACCUGAGGGACAGUUUUUUAUCGGGCAUUUAGUCGCCACCGAAGUCUGGGGGUAAUUCGACUCAAGUGAAAGGCGGUAGGAUAUUUGUCUUUGUAGCUCUGUAACAUUGCUUUUCCUUCAGUGCUACAGUAAGCUAAGCUACGUUAGUAGACUAGAAACUUGGUCUGACUUAAGUACUCAUGAGGGAGACCAGGCCGUAGGGACGCAGCUGAAAAGUACAACUUGAUCUAGCCAGCCAACUGAACAUCAGAAACGAGUCAAAAUGAAUGGGUUUAGCACGGAAGAAGACAGUCACGACGGACCCACAGCUCCACCGUUUUACGGCCAAAGUUGUUGUUUGAUCGAGGAUGGCGAACGCUGCGGCCGAUCAGCUGGAAACGCCUCCUUCAGCAAGCGAAUCCAGAAAAGCAUUUCGCAGAAGAAACUUAAACUGGAUAUUGAUAAGAGCGUUCGACAUCUGUACAUCUGUGACUUCCACAAGAACUUCAUCCAGAGUGUCCGCAACAAACGGAAGAGAAAAACCAGCGAUGAUGGAGGAGAGUCUCCCGACCAUGACGUGGAAGUACCUGAGGUUGACCUGUUCCAGCUCCAGGUGAACACACUGAGGCGCUAUAAGCGGCACUAUAAGCUCCAGACCAGGCCCGGACUGAACAAGGCCCAGCUGGCUGAGACUGUCAGCCGUCACUUCCGGAAUAUUCCAGUGAAUGAGAAGGAGACUCUGACCUAUUUUAUUUACAUGGUGAAGAGCAGUAAAAGCCGACUGGACCAGAAAUCAGAAGGAAGCAAACAGCUGGAAUAAGGUUCUGCAGCCUCUCACUAACACUCAGAAACGGACACACAUGCAUGAAAGGCCGCCACUAUUUAUGACCCGUCAGUUAGCAGGGUAAAGACAUAAUGUGAAUAUGCUGAUGCGUAAAUAUACACAACACAGAAAAUGAACGAAAUGUUAACCUCGGGAGGGAGAGGAAUUGCUUUUAUGUCCUAUAGAAUUACUUCAUGCCUUGCAUUGACUGUUACCAAGUGAAACGCUUCUGUGCCAAACCGUGGAGUGUGUAGAAUACAGCGCUAAUAUAAGAGACUUGCAUUUCUCGACGAAACAUUUAUGCAGACAGCAGCAGUCUGUGGACUCUUUCCUUUCGUCUGAACUCCACGGCUCUGAGGGAACCAAAAUGUCCGUUAUCAGCAUGUCACCUCUUUACCAUGUCACAAAGGUCCCCUUGUCCUGAACAACUCACACACACAAUAACACACAGUACCUGUCUCCACUCUGCUCUCUUACCAUGUGACUCUCUGUUUUAAGAAUUGGUACCUGUUUGAUGCAUCUCUGGCUUCCUUUUUUAAAUCAUGUGAAACAUCAGUGUUCAUGCAUGUCCCUCACCAUGGGCAUCUGUAUAAAGAUUUUCUAUCUGCUGAUAAAAAUGCCACUAAUUCCUCUUUUGUUUUUGUGCCUGAGUGGUUUUGUCUUUGGCAGAACACUUUUUGAGCAAAGACCAUUUCAUACUCUGUACUAUUCCUGUGAUGUAAUAAAAUACAAAUCUUUAUUGCAAAACUCAGAUGAUUAAUUCAGGUUUGAAUUGGAGAGUUGGGGUGUUCUGUAUGUAAACUGACCAUCAUAUUUCAGAUU